AUGGGACGGAAGAAGCUCACCAUGAGGCUGAUCGAAAACCCCACAUCCAGACAACUCACUUAUACGAAGCGCAAGGAGGGCAUCAUCAAGAAGGCCGGUGAGCUUGCAGUGCUGUGUGGCACCGACGUCGCCCUCAUCAUGUUUGCACCGUCUGGCCGCCUUGCUAGCUUUGCUAGCAAUGGAAGAAUUGAGGAUAUACUACUUCGAUUUGUUGACAGGCCAGAUGAGCUUAGAGGAGGGCCUAUCAAUCACGAAGAGGAACUUGAAGAGAAACUGGACAAACUCACUAGGAAACAACGUGAGUCUCAGGAAAAAAUGAGAUAUUACGAACCUAACGUUGAAAAAAUAAAUUCAGCUCUUGAAGCAGGAGUUUACCAGCAGUUUCUUACAACUGCUAUUCAACGUAUCCAGACAUCAAAGGAAAGAUAUUUAAGACAGGAAGAUACAUUUAUCGUUUUUAAAAAGAUCAAUGAGAAAUAUGCAUUCUCGAUUUACAUAUUUAUCUUGGAAUUGCUCUAUGAGCUAAAUAAACUUGAGUGA